AUGGUGGAGGAGGCUGUAAUGGAGGCUGCAGCACUGGGCAGACCUUUCCAACUUGGCACACUGUAUGACUGCAGAAAUGACAAAAUCAUCCCAGAAUUCCGUGUCACCACUUCAGAUACUAUUGAUGAUAAAAUCUCUGCGCUGAAGGUAGAUGGCUCCCUCAAAGUCAGUCUGUUGGCAGGACUAGUGAAUGUAGAUGGGGCAGCAAAGUAUUUCAGGGACACCAAGAAAUCCAACAAACAAGCUAGACUGACCCUACAGUAUUGCAGUACCACAAGAUAUGAAGAAUUAACCAUGGACCACAUGGCUCUUGACAAAAUAUCUCAUCCCAACGUGUUUGAGUCUGACACAGCAACACACGUGGUCACAGCUGUGUUGUAUGGGGCCGAUGCAUAUUUUGUAUUUGACAGAGAAGUGUCUUCAAAUGAAAGCAAAGAGAAGAUAGAGGGAGAGCUGAGCCUCACUCUUAGUAAACUGAAAUUUCUAAAUGUCAGCGGUGAAGCAUCACUAAACAUGGGGGACAGUGAAAUAGAAACAGCUGAAAAAUUUACGUGUACAUUUCACGGAGAUUUCAAACUAGCUGCAAAUCCAUCUUCAUUCAAAGAAGCCAUGCAUGUUUACACCAACCUCCCAAACAUGCUUGGAGAAAAUGGAGAACAUGCAGUUCCACUAAGAGUGUGGCUCUAUCCUCUGGUCAAACUGGAUUCAAGAGCUGCCAGACUUCAAAGAGACAUAAGCACUCACCUCAUCACAGACACAGUGAAAACAGUUGAAGCUCUGAGCAUGGCUGAAAUAGAAUGCAAUGACCUUCUGAGAGAGAAAAGCAGCCAGAUGCCUUUCUGUCAAAACUGUCGAAUUACUUAA